UCAUUAAUAAAUAGAAGUAAGUCUAUCUCUGGUCACAUUAUUUCUUCUACUCAUAUAUAAAAUCUUCUCACCCAUAUUAUCAAGACCAAAAUAAAUGGAACCUCAUAAUAACCACCACGUUGAUGAUGUCUCUCCUUCGGAAAUCGGAUAUGGACAUUUCGGGUGCUCACAUUAUAAAAGGAGAUGCAAGAUCAUAUCACCCUGUUGCAAUGAAAUUUUCGAUUGCAGACAUUGCCAUAACGAAUCCAAGAAUUCGAUUCAAGUUGAUCCUCAACACCGCCACGACAUUCCUCGCCAUCAUGUUAAGAGGGUCAUCUGUUCAUUGUGUAGCACUGAGCAAGAUGUUCAACAGGUUUGCAUUCAAUGUGGUGUUUGCAUGGGUAGAUACUUCUGCUCCAAAUGCAAGUUCUUUGAUGACGAUGUAUCAAAAAAUCAAUAUCAUUGCGAUGAAUGUGGCAUAUGCAGAACUGGAGGUGAAGAGAACUUUUUCCACUGUAACAAAUGUGAAUGUUGUUAUUCAACGUUGAUGAAGGACUCACACCAUUGUAUUGAAAAAGCAAUGCAUCAAAAUUGCCCAGUUUGCUUUGAGUUUCUUUUCGAUACUACUAAAGACAUCACUGUAUUGCCGUGUGGUCAUACCAUACAUUUGGGAUGUGUGAGAGAAAUGCAACAACAUCUCCAAUAUUCAUGCCCUGUUUGCUCGAAAUCAUUCUGUGACAUGUCGCGUGUGUGGGAGAAAAUGGAUGAGGAGGUUGCAUCAAUGCCUAUGCCUGAAAUGUAUCAAAACAAAAUGGUUUGGAUUCUAUGUAACGACUGCGGAGAAACAUCCGAAGUAAGAUUUCAUAUUGUGGCACACAAGUGCCUUAGUUGCAAGUCCUACAACACCAGAAAGACACAAGCUGCAUCAUGCUUGUCAAGAAUAGAAGAGAUGGUUAGAUGAAUGAUUCUUAAGGUCAAGUUGAAGAUGCUUAUUUGAAACAGUCGUUGAAUAUUUCAAUUUAAUUAAACUUCAGGCCGGAACAAUAGAAGUCGUGCAGAAUAACCUGCUCUCAUCAUAUAUACAGCAGAGAUGAAUGCUAAUUGUUAAACAUGUAUGUAAGCAAUUGCAAGGUUAUCAUUUAUUAGACAAAUGCUAAGUACAUAGGUGACUGCGGAUUUAGGUCAAGCUUUAUGUACUUAACCAAAUUCAAAUUGUGGUGAUGUGGCAAUUGUAAGGCUAAUAUAGGGAUUCCCUGCCUUCUUGAAUGUUGUUCCUUUUAUAUUUUUUGUAAAGUAUUGAUGAUAUUCUCAACCUCCUCUCUCAGCAGAGGUUAGCAACCAAUAAUUUCUUGCAUAAUUUCUUUUAAA